UUUUCCAUUGCUAUAGCCACAGACCGCGAGUGCUCGGGAUCCGUGUAUGAGUUGGAGUUCCAAUGAGCCCACCUCAUUUUUUUCCUCUCUCUCUUCACCUCUGUUGAUAGGGCGCGGGGGGCUCGUCUCGAAUCCGUCUGUUCUCCUGGGUUGCAGAGUUUCUCUUGUUGUGAGCAGGGGAGGAUCCGCGCAAGCCACCGAAGAGAGGUCUUUUUACAUCUUCAGUAUUUCGGCCAAACUUGUAUCGGCGCUUCCGCCGUUUGUGUUUGUACUUGUGUUGGUCGUCUAGAUUGGCGGGGAGAAAUCUGGUUAGGAUUGGAAGAUUACAUUGUGCGUGGAGUUGUGAGGAUUCUUGUGAAGGAUUGUGUGUGCGUUAGCCCUUACUUUUUCUACUGUGCACGCUGCAGCCAGGACUUGGUUCCGUGGUCUCUAGAUUUUCGGAAUCGUGUUAGAAAUACGAAGCUGGUUUUCAGAUUUCAAGUGCAGAGCGCAACUUAGGUUUGCUCGAUUAGGUGUGAUUUCGGUUUGUGCACUGCAUCACGAGGCGUGCUUGCUCUUUUAUCAACGCAAGAAGCUUGAUUAAACUCAUAGAUCGCAGUAUUUGGAGGACUUGUUUUGCGUCGCCUUCUUUUAAUAACGUCUUUGAAUAAUUUAGCCUAUCCGAUGCAAUACAUCGUGUCGCAUUUGUAGCAGGCUAGUUAACACCACUUCCCGGUUAGUUUUUACUUGUAUUCUCGUUCUAAAUGUUACAGUUCCACAGACAAAUUUUCGCGGGACCAGGGAAGCAGCUGAAAAGGGUUAAGAGUCCUAGUUUUUCUUUACUUUUGUGAGUUAAUACUCUGCCGAAUCGGUGCUCCAUCUGGAACAUUCCAGUCGUUUUGAUUUUUUAAAAGUGUAUUUUAUUUGUCCCCCCCUCCCCCCCUUUUUAUUUUGUUUUGUUCUUGUUGUACCUCUAAUUACUUCGAUCAUAGUUUAACGAUUUUAAAUAGUCCUUUUAGCGUGCCUUGCGCGGACACUACACUAGGUCUUUUGGUCCUAGUCCAUCCAGCCACUUUACUUUGCAGUGGAACAGAGUUCACUUUUCUCAAUCGAGUUCAGUCUCUCGUAUAUUGGUCUAGUGUUUCAGGUUCGAUCUUCGUUGAUUCCAGAUCUUUCCGGCACAAAAUGUGUCCUACCCUCUUGUUACUUUCGGUCUGAUUCUGCGGCAUAGUAGCUUUGCGAUUAAAUCGGUGUGCACGCAUUUGGUUGCAGUUUCGCAGCUGUCCACAGACUAAGAGUUCUCUAGUAAACUUAUUUUGAUUCGUACUGUGUACCAGCAAUUUUCUUUCAAAGUCUGAAUGGAACUGUGUGAUUGCUAGUUGGACCCAAGAAUUGCUUUGCUGGUCCUAGUUCGUGUAGCAGCCCUUGCUGUCUGUCUCCAUAUCUCCGUUGUGGAAAGUAAGUCACUGUUAGUUAUCUGAUUCUCUGAAUCUUUGUGGGGACAGAAAGUUGUUUGUCCAAGUUUUUACUUUGUGAGAUCUGUCUUAGAAAGAUGGGAAAAGGAGGAGGAAAGUGUGCGAGUAGAGAGCAGAGUGCGAGCUCCACGAGAACUCCAAGGAUUCCUGCUGCGAGACCUGAUAAACCUCCUGUUAAGUCGUCAACAUCAGCUUCCAGGCCAAGCUUUUCGAAGACAAAGGCCGCCGAAUCCGAUUCUACAACCCUGGUGCCUCUGAUUCCCAAGAAAGAGUCCUCUCCAGCUUCAAUUGUUGAGAAUAUCGACGACGACGAUGGCAUUGAUACAAAUGUCACCUUUGAUCAAGAAGGCUUGGAUUAUCCUGCAUCGGAAUCUGGACGGAGGGAUACGGGAGCAUCUUCAUCUGAGAUGCCAAGUGUCUACAACACAGCAAAUGUUAGCCCUGCUCGGUCUUUCUCGAGUGGAGCACGAAGCCCUGACACCGUGUAUCUCAGCGGAUCAGAGGAUCUCCCACAGUAUAUGGCCUCUCCUGCUCGUUUAGUUGGAGUGCCAAUGUCCCUUCAGCAUUCGAAGGCUGGUGCGAAUUCGCCCGAUCCUGUUAUUUCAACCCAACGUCCGGUUAGCAAUGUCAAUGAUGAAUUUUUGGCUAGGGGAGGACCUACCCUUUCUGCAAUUAGCGGUGCCGGACCAAGCAGCGGUGGUUUGAGGAAAAGACAUAGUAUUGCUGCAUCAAGCACUUCACCACUGGAAGUUAGAUCUUUGAAAACCAGCAGUAGUUUUACAGCACCUGGUGGGCGCGUUGAGGAAAAGCCAAUUGCUCCUGUUAGUAAAGCAAUAGAUGAGGAACAGCUUUCAGGAGGAAGUGGAUUAAGGAAAGGAGACAAAAGAUUGGUUGCUGAGGGAAAUGUUGCUGCCCAGGAGGAGCCAAAGUCCUACCAAACUCCAGGAGCAGAAGCAUCCAAGGAGACGUUAGGUGAAAACUGGGAGAUGGUCUCCCCAGUGCAUCAGUCAAAAGGGUUAGGUCCAGAAUGGGUCUCGGUGCCCAAGCCUAAUAUCAGCGACACCAGGUUGGAUGUACCUUCUGCCGAAGGGAGUACGAAAAUGGAGUCACUACCGCAAAUGAAUGAGAGAGGACUUCUGCAGUCGAGAGAGGAGCCUCUUGAAGUCUCCUCAAGUACACCAGGAGUAUCAAUCGCAGAUUUCAUAACCAAGGCUUCUGAACUUCCACUAACUCCCGACGAAGAAGCAGAUACUGUGAAAUCAAUGGGCAGUGAUCAAUCUGAUGAAAUUGAGACGCGAUCAUUGAAUGGUGAAGGCGGAGAUUAUGUAUUUUUGGGAACAGAAGAAAGUCCGAAAGCAGGAGGUUUUCAAGAGCCAGGCCUUGACACUGUUGUUCCUGAUCCGACCAUUUCAGUAAAUGAGCUCCCUUCAUCAUCAAAAGCUGAUGACAGCCCCACAGUGCGUGAUGCACCCCGUGCUGAGGUUACAGAGCACAAAAGUGUUGAAGCACAUGGUCUAGAAGAAGAUGUUUCCACUGUACAGGAUAGGAAUGUUGAACUUCUCUUACCCGUGACCGAACAUUCUUCGGAACACAAGGAAUCACCAGUAGCCGUGGAAGUACAUGAAGAUGCCUCCGCUGCAGAACCUGAGAGCUCAGUGGUUGAAGACAGGGCAUUACUAGCAGAGCACACUUCUAGUCAGGAUUUUCCCCUAAUACCACCUUUAUUGCAGUCUGAAGCGUCUCUGCUAGUGGAGGAGGCCAAGGCUGAGGAGGCCGCUACCCCUGCCGAGGAGGUAACAAAGGAGGCUGAGGUCGUGCCGGAGGCUGCUGCACCCGAGGCACCCAAGACUACCGUAGUUGAAGAGGUAAAGGAGGCAGAAGCGGCCGCUGGGGUGGAGACGCGCGAGGUGGAGCUGCCGAUGUCGACCGCUCAGGCGGUACCAGAGAAGGUAUCAGAAGAUGCGGCUGAGCCGGAGCUGUCGGCCGCAAGUGCCGAGGUUGAGAAGGAGGCUUCUCUCGCAUCCGUGGCGGAGACUCCCAAGCCUGAAGAGGCUCCAGCAGUGCACCAGGCCACGGCUGAGGAAGUGGCUGUUGCUGUUGAAGAAGUUCAGGAGGUGGAGGCCGUACCAGAGGCCUCCGUAGCGGAAUCUGCUGCACCAGACUCAGUCGAGCCUGCAGUGGUGGUUGAGACAGAGGCUGCCUCGGAGGUGCUUCUUGAGGAGGCAACCCCUAAGGUGGAGACACGCGAGGUGGAGCUACCGACCGCGACUGCUGAGGCGGUACCAGGAGUCGUGGCUGAGCCGGAGGUAGCGGCCGCAAGCGCCGCAGUUGAGGAGAAGGCUACCCCUGCACCCGUGCUGGAGGAGCAGGUCCCCAAGGCUGAGGAGGCUGUGGUCGAAGAGGCCCCUGCAUUGGUUGGGGAGGGUAAGGCUGAGGAGGCCGAGGUCGUGCCGGAGGCUGUUGCACCGGAGGCAACCGCGGUUGACGAGGUGGUCGCUGAGGAGGCGGCCCCUGCGGUGGAGUCGCGCGAGGUGGAGCUUCCGACCGUAAGUUCUGAGGCGGUACCAGAAGUCGUGGCUGAAUCUGUGGUGGCGGCUGCAAGUCCAGAGGUUGAGGAGGAGGCUGCCCCCGCACCUGUGUUGGAGGAGAAGAUCCCCAAGGUCGAGGAGGCUGUGGUCGAAGGGUCCCUCGCAGUGGAGGAGACCAAGGCUGAGGAGGCUCCUGCCCCUGUGGAGGAGGAAGCCAAGGAGGCCGAGGUCGUGCCGGAAGCUGCAGAGCCAGAGGCCCCCGAGGCAGCGGUGGAUGAGGAGGUGAAGAAGGCCAAGGCUGCCCCCGAGUUGGUCACUGAGGAGGUGGCCCCUGCGGUGGAGUCACGCGACGCGGAGCUGCCAACCGCGAGCGCUGAGGCGGUACCAGAAGUCGUGGAUGAGCCGGAGGCGACGGCCACAAGUGUCGAGGUUGAGGAGGCUUCCCCUGCACCCGUGACGGAGGAGGAGGUCCCCAAGGCCGAGGAGGCUGUGGUCGAAGAGGUCCCCGCAGUUGUUGAGGAGGCCGCUGCUGCAGUUGAGGAGGAAGCUAAGGAGGCCGAGGUCGUGGCGGAGGCUGCAGAGCCAGAGGCACCGGAGGCAGUCGUCGAUGAGGAGGUGAAGGAGGCCGAGGCUGCGCCUGAGGUGGUCGCUGAGGAGGCGGCCCCGGCGUUGGAAUCGCGCGAAGUGGAGCUACCGACCGCGAUCCCUGAGGCUGCAACAGAGGUGAUACCAGAAGUCGUGGCCGAGCCGGAGGUGGCGGCCGCAAGUGCCGAUGCUGAGGAGAAAGCUGGCCCCGCACCCGUAGCGGAGGUAGAGAACCCGAAGACCGAGGAAGCCGUGGCCGAAGAGGCUCCCACAGUCGAGGAGGCCGAGACCGAGGUGGCUGCUGCUUCUGUCCAGGAGGAUUCUAAGGAGGCUGAGGUCGUGGCGGAAGCCGCAGAGACGGAGACUCCCGUUGCAGAGGCUGCUGCACCCGACACAGCUGUGGAUGAAGACGUGAGGGAGUAUGAGGCUGCCCCCGAGGUGGUUGCUGAGGAGGCGGCCUCUGCGGUGGAGUCGCGCGAGGUGGAGCUUCCGACCGAGAGUGCUGAGGCGGUAUCAGAGGCUGUACCAGAGGUGGCACCAGAAGUCGUCGCUGAGCCAGAUGUGGCGGCCGCAAUUGCCGAGGUUGAGGAGGAGGCCGUGGAGCCUGUCCUCCCAACCUCCGCACCCGUGACAGAGGAGGAGGCUCCCAAGGCCGAGGAGCCUGUCGUCAAGGAGGCUCCCGCAGUGGUUGAUGAGGUUAAGGCUAAGGAUGCUGCUGCCCCUUUGGAGGAGGAAGCUAAGGAGGCCCAGGUUGUGGGGGAGGCUGCAGAGCCAGAGGCCCCCGUGCCGGAGCCCGAGGCAGGCGUGGUUGAGGAGAUGAAGGAAGUAGAGGAUGUUCCGGAGGUAGUACCUGAGGAGCCGACGCCUGAAGUGGAGACUCAGGAGGUGGAGCUGCCCAUGGCGAGCACUGAGGCGUUGUCGGAGGUGGUGUCAGAUGAUGUAGCUCCUCCUGCAUCCGUGGCGGAGGAGGCCCUGAAGGCUGAAGAGGCUUCGGCUUUGGAGGAGGUCAAGCCUGAGGAGGCGGCUGAUUCUGUUCGACCAGAAGAUACGUGGAGAAGGUACGUGGAGGAGGUCAAGGCUGCACCAGACGGUAGGGAGCUAGAGGCUUCCCUCGCGGACGUUGCUGCACUCGAUGCACCGGAGGCUGCAGUGGAUGAGGAGGCGCAGGAGGUAAAGGGUGCUCCGGAGGUGGCUUCUGAGGAGGCGACCCCCGAGGUCGAGACGCGCGAAGUGGAGCUGCCUGUACCGAGCACAGAGACUUCAAGAGAGGCCGGGGCAAAAGACAACACUGAAUCCGAGGUGGUAUCAUCAAGUGCAGAUGCUGAAGGUGAGCCUGCCCCUGUAGCCUUUGUGGAGGAAGAGACCUCUAAGCCUGAGGAAGCAGCGGUUCAAGCCGAUCCUACCGUAGAAUCGGCGAAGGCUGAGGAGACGGCUGUUCCUGUUGACGAAGUGGAGGAGGUCGAGGCCGUGCGGGAGGCAGCAGCAGAUCCCCUUGAGGCGGAGGCUGCUGCACCCGAGGCGCCCGAGGCUGCCGUGGUUGAGGAGGAGAAAGAGACUGAGGCUGCACCAGAGGUGGUUGUUGGAGAGCCGGCCCCGGAGGUGGAGGAGCUAGCUAGCUCCACUCCUGUUGAAGAGCUAAAUGCACCAGAGCCUGAGGUUGAUGCCGUGCCAAAGGCAGUAGAAGUGGAGGCGCCUGAAGCGGAGGCUUCUGCUCCUAAGGCAGCGCCGGCCAUAAAUGAGGGGUUGACGGAGGCAGAUGAUGCCUCGGAGGUGGUACCAGAGGAUGCGGCCCCUGAUAUGGAGACACGCGAGGUAGAGCUGCCGAUCACGAGUGAUAAGCCGGUACCAGAGGCUGUAUCAGAAAUCGUGGCUGAGCCGGAAGUGGCGGCGGCUACUGCCGAGGUUGAGGACGACGAUACCCCCGCACUUGUGGCGGAGGUAGGGGCUCCUAAUGCCGAGGACGUUGUGGUCGAAGAGGACCCCGCAGUGGUUGAGGAGGAAAAGGCUAAGGUGGCCGCUACCCCUGUCGAGGAGGAAGUGAAGGAUGUCGAGGUCGUGCUGGAGGCUGCAGAGCCAGAGGCACCCGAGGCAGCCGUGGAUGAGGAGGUGAAAAGGGCUGAGGCUGCCCCCGAGGUGGUCGCUGAGGAGGUGCCACCUGCGGUGGAGUCGCGCGAGGUAGAGCUGCCGACCGCGAGCGCUGAGGCUGUACAAGAGGCGGAAUCAGAGGACGUACCAGAGGUGGUACCAGAAGUCGUGGCUGAGCCGGAGGUGGCUGCCGUUAGUACCGAAGUUGAGGAUGAGGCCUCUGUCCCUGUUGAAGAGGAAGCGAAGGAGGCCGAGGUCCUGCCGGAGACUGCAGAGCCACAGGUUCCCGAGGCAGCCGUGGCUGAGGAGGUGAUGGAGGCCGAGUCUGCCCCCGAGUUGGUCACGGAGGUGGCGAUCCCUGCGGUGGAGUCACGCGAGGAGGAGUUGUCGACCGCGAGCGUUGAGGCGUUACCAGAGGCGGUACCAGAAGUCGUGGCGGAGCCUGAGGUGGCUGCCGCAAGUGCCGAGGCUGAAGAGGAAGCUGCCCCCGCACCUGUGGCGGAGGCGGAGGUCCCCAAACCCGAGGAGGCUCUCGUCGAAGUGGCCCCAGCAGUGGUUGAAGAGACCAAAGCUGAGGAGCCCGCUGCCCCAGUGGCGGAGGCUGCUGAACCCGAGGCUGCGUCCGAGGUGUUCGCUGAUGUGGCGGCCCCUGAGGUGGAGUCGCGCGAGGUGGAGCUGCCGAUUGCGAGCGAUGAGGCGGUACCGGAGACUGUAUUAGAGGCGGGACCAGAAGUGGUGGCUGAGCCGGAGGUGGUGUUCGCGAGUGCCGCGGUUGAGGAGGAGGCUGCCCCCGCACCCGUAGCGGAGGAGGAGACCACCAAGGCCAAGGAGGCUGUGGUCAAAGAGGCCCCCGCUGUGGAUGAGGACGCGAAGGCUGAGGAUGCCGUUGCCCCUGUGGUGGAGGAAGUGAAGGAGGUUGAGGUUGUGCCUGAGGCUGCAGAGUCAGAGGCCCGAGUGGCAGAGGCUGCUGCACCCGAGGCAGCCGCGGCUGAGGAGGUUGAGGCCGACGGUGCCCCUGAGGUGGCCCCGGAGGAGAUUGCUCAUGAGGUGGAGUCGCGCGAAGUUGAUCUGCCGAUUGCGAGCGAUGAGGCGGUACCCGAGACUGUAUCAGAGGUGGUACCAAAAGUUGUGGCUGAGCCGGAGGCAAUGCUCAAGAGUGCCGAGGUUGAGGAGGAGGCUGCCCCCGCACCUGUAGCGGAGAAGACCCCGAAGGCCGAGGAGGCUCUGGUCGAAGAGGUCCCCGCUGUGGAUGAGGAGGCCAAUGCUGAGGAAGCUGCUGCCCCAGUGGUGGAGGAAGCGAAGGAUGCCGAGGUUGUGCCAGAGGCUCCAGUGGCAGAGGUUGCUGCACCGGAGGCACCCGACGCAAGUGUGACUGAGGAGGCGGCUCCUGAGGUGGAGUCGCGCGAAGUGGAGCUGCCGAUUGCGAGCGAUGAGGCGGUACCAGAAGUUGUGGGUGAGCCGGAGGCAUUGUUCGAGAGUGCCGAGGUUGAGCAAGAGGCUGCCCCCGGACCUGUAGCGGAGGAUACCCCGAAGGGUAAGGAGGCUCUGCUCGAAGUGGUCCCCGCUGUUGAUGAGGAGGGCAAUGCUGAGGAGGCUGCUGCCCCAGUGGUGGAGGAAGCGAAGGAUGCCGAGAUUGUGCCAGAGGCUCCAGUGGCAGAGGUUGCUGCACCGGAGGCACCCGAUGCAAGCGUGACUGAGGAGGCGGCUCCUGAGGUGGAGUUGCGCGAAGUGGAGCUGCCGAUUGCGAGCGAUGAGGCGGUACCAGAAGUUUUGGGUGAGCCGGAGGCAGUGCUCGAGAGUGCCGAGGUUGAGGAGGAGGCUGCCCCCGGACCUGUAGCGGAGGAGAUCCCGAAGGGUGAGGAGGCUCUGGUCGAAGAGGUCCCCGCUUUUGGUGUGGAGGCCAAUGCUGUGGAGGCUGCUGCCCCAGUGGUGGAGGAUGCGAAGGAUGCCGAGGUUGUGCCAGAGGCUCCAGUGGCAGAGGUUGCUGCACCGGAGGCACCCGAUGCAAGCGUGACUGAGGAGGCGGCUCCUGAGGUGGAGUCGCGCGAAGUGGAGCUGCCGAUUGCGAGCGAUGAGGCGGUACCAGAAGUUGUGGGUGAGCCGGAGGCAGUGUUCGAGAGUGCCGAGGUUGAGGAGGAGGCUGCCCCCGCAUCUGUAGCGGAGGAGACCCCGAAGGGUGAGGAGGCUCUGGUCGAAGAGGUCCUUGCUGUUGAUGAGGAGGGCAAUGCUGAGGAGGCUGCUGCCCCAGUGGUGGAGGAUGCGAAGGAUGCCGAGGUUGUGCCAGAGGCUGGAGAGCCAGAGGCCCCAGUGGCAGAGGUUUGUACACUGGAGGCAUUGAAUGCAAGCGUGACUGAGGAGGCGGCUCCUGAGGUGGAGUCGCGCGAAGUGGAGCUGCCGAUUGCGAGCGAUGAGGCGGUACCAGAAGUGGGUGAGGCGGAGGCAUUGCUCGGGAGUGCUGAGGUUGAGGAGGAGGCUGCCCCCGGACCUGUAACGGAGGAGUCCUCGAAGGGUGAGGAGGCUCUGGUCGAAGAGAUCCCCGCUGUUGAUGAGGAGGGCAAUGCUGAGGACGCUGCUGCCCCAGUGGUGGAGGAUGCGAAGGAUGCCGAGGUUGUGCCAGAGGCUCCAGUGGCAGAGGUUGUUGCACCGGAGGAACCCGAUGCAAGCGUGACUGAGGAGGCGGGUCCUGAAAUGGAGUCGCGCGAGGUGGAGCUGCCGAUUCCGAGCGAUGAGGCGGUACCAGAAGUUGUGGGUGAGCCAGAGGCAGUGCUCGAGAGUGCCGAGGUUGAGGAGGAGGCUGCCCCCGCACCUGUAGCGGAGGAGUCCCCGAAGGUUAAGGAGGCUCUUCUCGAAGAAGUCCCAGCUGUUGAUGUUGAGGCCAAUGCUGUGGAGUCUGCUGCCUCAGUGGUGGAGCAUUCGAAGGAUGCCGAGAUUGUGCCAGAGGCUGCAGUGGCAGAGGUUGCUGCACCGGAGGCACCCGAUGCAAGCGUGACUGAGGAAGCGACUCCUGAAGUGGAGUCGCCCGAAGUGGAGCUGCCGAUUGUGAGCGAUGAGGCGGUACCAGAAGUUGUGGGUGAGCCGGAGGCAGUGCUCGAGAGUGCCGAGGUUGAGCAGGAGGCUGCCCCCGCACCUGUAGCGGAGGAGACCCCGAAGGUUGAGGAGGCUCUGGUCGAAGAGGUCCCCGCUGUUGAUGAGGAGGCCAAUGCUGUGGAGGCUGCUUUCUCAGUGGUGGAGGAUUCGAAGGAUGCCGAGAUUGUGCCAGAGGCUGCAGAGCCAGAGGCCCCAAUGGUGGAGGUUUCUGCACUGGAGGCAUCGAAUGCAAGCGUGACUUUGGAGGCGGCUCCUGAGGUGGAGUCGCGCGAAGUGGAGCUGCCGAUUGCGAGCGAUGAGGCGGUACCAGAAGUUGUGGGUGAGUCGGAGGCAGUGUUCGAGAGUGCCGAGGUUGAGCAGGAGGCUGCCCCCGCACCUGUAGCGGAGGAUACCCCGAAGGGUGAGGAGGCUCUGGUCGAAGAGGUCCCCGCUGUUGAUGAGGAGGCCAAUGGUGAGGAGGCUGCUGCUCCAGUGGUGGAGGAGGCAAAGGAUGCCGAGGUUGCGCCAGAGGCUCCAGUGGCAGAGGUUGCUGCACCGGAGGCACCCGAUGCAAGCGUGACUGAGGAAGCGGCUCCUGAAGUGGAGUCGCGCGAAGUGGAGCUGCCGAUUGCGAGCGAUGAGGCGGUACCAGAAGUUGUGGGUGAGCCGGAGGCAGUGCUCGAGAGUGCCGAGGUUGAGGAGGAGGCUGCCCCCGCACCUGUAGCGGAGGAGACCCCGAUGGUUGAGGAGGCUCUGGUCGAAGAGGUCUCCGCUGUUGAUGAGGAGGCCAAUGCUGUGGAGGCUGCUUUCUCAGUGGUGGAGGAUUCGAAGGAUGCCGAGAUUGUGCCAGAGGCUGGAGAGCCAGAGGCCCCAAUGGUGAAGGUUUCUGCACUGGAGGCAUCGAAUGCAAGCGUGACUGAGGAGGCGGCUCCUGAGGUGGAGUCGGGCGAAGUGGAGCUGUCGAUUGCGAGCGAUGAGGCGGUACCAGAAGUUGUGGGUGAGCCGGAGGCAGUGUUCGAGAGUGCCGAGGUUGAGCAGGAGGCUGCCCCCGCACCUGUAGCGGAGGACACCCCGAAGGGUGAGGAGGCUCUGGUCGAAGAGGUCCCCGCUGUUGAUGAGGAGGCCAAUGGUGAGGAGGCUGCUGCUCCAGUGGUGGAGGAGGCAAAGGAUGCCGAGGUUGCGCCAGAGGCUCCAGUGGCAGAGGUUGCUGCACCGGAGGCACCCGAUGCAAGCGUGACUGAGGAAGCGGCUCCUGAAGUGGAGUCGCGCGAAGUGGAGCUGCCGAUUGCGAGCGAUGAGGCGGUACCAGAAGUUGUGGGUGAGCCGGAGGCAGUGCUCGAGAGUGCCGAGGUUGAGGAGGAGGCUGCCCCCGGACCUGUAGCGGAGGAGAUCCCGGAGGGUGAGGAGGUCCCAGCUGUUGAUGAGGAGGCCAAUGCUGAGGAAGCUGCUGCCGCAGUGGUGGAGGAUGCGAAGGUUGCCGAGGUUGUGCCGGAGGCUGCGGUUCCAGAGGCCCCAGUGGCGGAGGUUGGAACAUCGGAGGCAUCUGAGGCAGGCGUGGCUGAGGUGGCGAAGGAGGUGAUCGUUGUUGAGGCGGUCCCUGAGGUGGAGUCGCGCGAGGUGGAGCUUCCUGGGGCGAGCGCUGACGCGUUUCCAGAUGCGGUACUUGAAGUCGGUUCUGAGCCAGAAGUGGUCGCUAGUGCCGAGGUGGAGGCGGAGGCUGUCCCCGCACCCGUAUCGGAGGUGGAGUUCUUUAAGGAGGGUGUUGUAGAAGAGGCUCCUGCAGUGGAAGAGGAGGCUAAGUUUGAGGAGGGCGCUGCCCCAGUGGUGGUGGAAGUGAUGGAGUCCGAGGUUGGCGCGGAGGCUGCUGAACCCGAGGCGGCCGUGGCUGAAGAGGUGAAGGAAGCCGAGGCUUCGCCCAAGGUGGUUGUUGAGGAGGCGUCCCUUGAUGUGGAGUCUCGCGAGGUAGAACUUCCGGUCGCUAGCGAGGAGGCGUUACCAGAGGCUGUAUCAGAAGCGGUACCAGAAGUCGUGGCUGAGCCAGAGGCUAUGGGCGCUAGUGCCGAGAUUGGGGACGGCGCUGCCCCCGCACCUGUGACGGAGGCCAAGGAUGAGGAGGUCUCUGCCCCUGUUGUGGAGGAAUCGAAGGAGGCCAAGGUCGUGCCUGAGGAUGUACAGCCAGAGGCCGCAGUGGUGGAGGCUGCUGCAUCCGAGGCACUCGAGGCUACCGUUGCUAAGGAGAUGAAUGAGACCGAGACUGCGCCUUUGUUGGUCGUUGAAGAGGCUGCCCCUGAUGUGGAGUUGCGCGAGGUGGAGCCGUCGGUCGCGAGCGAUGAGGCGGUUCCAGUGACUGUAUCAGAGGCGGGACCAGAAGUCGUGGCUGAGCCGGAGGUGGUGGCCGCCAGUGCCGAGGUUGGGGGUGACGCUGCCCCCGCACCGGUCGUGGACGAGUUGGCCCCCAAGGCGGAGGAGGCUAUGGUUGAAGAGGCCCCUGCAGUGGAAGAGGAGGCCAAGACUGAGGAGGUCACUGCUCCUGUGGAGGGAGCGAAGGAGGCAGAGGUUGUGCCUGAGGCUGCAGAGCCAGAGGCCUCAGUGGCGGAGGAGGUGAAGGAAGCCGAGGCUGCACCCGAGAUGGUCGCUGAGGAGGCGGUCCCUGCGGUGGAGCCGCGUGAGGUGGAGAUCCCGAUGGCGAGAGCUGAUGCGAUACCAGAGAUGAUACCAGAAGUUUUGGCUGAGCCGGAGGUGACUGCCGCAAGUGCCGAUUUGGAUGAGGAGGAAACUGCUGCACCUGCCCCGGAGGAGGCCAAGGUUGAGGAGGCUGGUGGCCCUGUUAAGGAGGAAGCAAAGGAGACAGCUGCCGUGUCAGAGGUAGUAGACGGAAGGCCGCUUGUGACGGAGGAUGCAGCCCUGGAGGCUGAAGCACCGGUGUUGACCUCGAAUGUUGAUUUAUUAGUUGAGGCCAUGAAGAAGUUGCAAAAUUCUGCUGAUUCUGGUGUUGCAGGCGAUUUGGUUUUUUCCGAGAGUGGUGCCACUGGAGCAGUCGAUGAUGCACUUCUGGAGUUUACAGGUACUGAUGGACUCAAGGAUGUUGAGUAAAUGGCCAAGUGUGUGAUGAGGCUCAUCUGCCAGAGUUUUCCGCAUUUAGGGGACGAACACCCGGAUAUCGUUACUGUUUUGGAGAUCCUUGGUCACUCACAUAGAACGUCAGCAGGAAUCGCAGAUUGCAUUUGAUGCCCUGACUUUCGACCAUUGGCAGGCAAAGUUUGGAUGUUUAUUAUUCUGCAGCUUUCACUACGUCUGUACUUGAAGUGUUGGGUUGUGAGAAUUAAUCUCCAACCCGUCUUUGAGUAAGGCGUUCACUAUACAGUGGCGAGAAACUGGUCCUUUUUAGUCAAGGUUACGGUAAAGUAUAUUGCGGAUGCACUUGGAAGAGCUCACAAGGCUUGGAUUUUCACGUGCUUACAGUCUCCCGGAUUGCGCCGCUUUCCGACUAGGUGCUGCCGAGUGACCUCAGUGUAUACUGUUCGGAUCAGAAAUUAUCACUGUUCUAUCCAUGGAAUACUUUUUAGUAUUUGCGAAGCUUUUGAGUUCUAGCUGACAUUUUUUGGCCCAAGUUCCUCGUGUAACGCCGCAGAGACGUCUGGGGUUCCUCACAUUGUCCAAAUGUUACUCCUGUCCAGUUACCUUGAGGAAUAGGUAUUUCUUGCUGUCAGGGCACAUCUUAUUUCAGUAUGUAAUUGUUAAGCCCUAUCUGCGCAAUACUGUAAUCAUUUGCCAAUGUAAAGAAAAUUGUUAAUUUGAUUCUAUCAAUUGUAUUA